AUGGUUUUCCCAAGGCGGGUAUUUUUGAGCUGGGAAGAGGAAGUGUUUGAGAAAGGUUGGCCGAAGGCGGUGAAGAAUAUUACUUCUUUCACGCAAACAGUGAAAGCGCAUACUCUCUUCUUCACGUCUUUCAGAUCAUGUCAUUCUCUGGCAGGGGUCGAUCAUGCAGAUCAGUGUGGCGUCAGCAAAGUGACUAUAAGCUACCGGCAACCUAGGGACAACUACACACAAGGGCGGAUUGUGAAUGGAAAGCCAACCUUGAAAGGAGCAUGGCCGUGGCAGGUUUCUUUAGAAGUUCUGCAUCCGAAAUACGGCCUUAUCGGUCACUGGUGUGGUGGAGUUCUGGUCAACCCUUCUUGGCUAAUAACCGCUGCUCAUUGCAUCCACAACGAUAUCUUCAACCUGCCGCUGCCUGCUCUCUGGACCGCUGUGCUGGGCGACUGGGACCGCAACGUCGAAGAGGAGACCGAGUUCAGGAUACCCAUCGACGAGAUUCUCAUACAUCAGAGUUUCAGGAACUACCAGAAUGAUAUAGGUGAGCUUGCAGCUCUAAUGCGCCUAUCACGAGAAGCAAAAGGCCUAUCUUCAGUCUGCCUAGAGUCUGAUGGAGAAAUAACUGACAGAGUUUGUACUGCAACAGGCUGGGGGAGGAAUGUACCAGCUGGUCCACUUUCUGCUAGGUUGCGUCAAGUAAGGGUCCCCCUUCACAAAAAUUCUCUCUGCCAGGACAAGUAUGGACCAGGGUUAAAAAUUGAAGAUGGUCAUCUCUGUGCUGGCAAGCUAGACGGAUCUACAGGAGCCUGCAUUGGUGAUUCUGGAGGCCCACUUCAAUGCCGAAGGCAGGAUGGUCGAUGGUUUCUAAUAGGUAUAACGUCAUUUGGUUCAGGUUGUGCCAAGCCAGGAUACCCAGAUGUAUACACUAGACUUUCAUAUUACUUGCCAUGGGUGUUGGACAAUAUUAAUAAUUGA